AUGGAUUGUGAUAAAAAUGUGUCGAAGAAAAGGAAAUCAGCUUCUGAACAAGUCGACACUUUGGAAAAUAACAAAACCUUAAGAUCCAAAGCUGCCCUAUGCAGCGAUCGAAGUAAGCAAAUCAAAGAAGUAGAAAAUGAUUGCUUAGAAGAAAUUAAUUUUAAGAAGAAACCAGAAAAGUACUUAUUAUCGUCUCCUUAUAUAAAGAAUACAGGUCCUAAUGUAGCAAAUCUUAAUAAUAGUGAUUCAAACGUGACUACAGAUCUUGUAGGAAGUGAAUCCCUAUGCAGUGAUCAAAAUAAUGGAAUUAACGAAAUAGAAAAUAAUUGCAGGGAAGAAAUUCCGUUUCAAGAGAAACAAGUAGAGUCACUAUCAUCGUUUCCUUACUCAAGCAAAAACGAUAUAGAUCCCGUGUCAAAUGCUACUAAUACUUAUUCUGACGAGACAAAACAUUUAGUGAAAAGCGAACAUGUCAAAGAAAAUGAAGAAGGCUGUUUAGCAUUUGAAAAUCUUCAAAACCUCAUUGAUUCCGAUGUUAUUGAACAAAUAUAG